GCCAAUUUCCCAGAACUUCAUAUUCUUCUCGAGAAGCAUAGCAUGCAAUUGCUCUUCUAAAACAAUAAUGGAGUUUUGCCUGUAGCAAAAGAGACCAGAGUUACUACUUUAUUAGUUGUUCUUGUAUAAUACCAUUUCUUUAUUCUACUUUCGGGUCCUUUCCAUUUCGAUGAUUGUCUAAUUCGCCAUAAAUUGUACUCGGAGAUGGAUACCCAAAGUGCGACGUGGCAUCCAGCCAAGAUGCCGCUCUCUAAUAACGACAGCCACCAAACAACAACAACACAGCUCGACGAGCCGCAAAACCAGCCAGUAACGGCUGCCGAUGAGCAGACUACGGAACAUUCAAGUCAACAUAUACCGAAUGCGGAUAUGAUAGAGGAAGGAUCUCAUGCUCAGCCUAUGAACGAAGGCGCAUUUCUUGACCAAUUCGAUAAUGAUGACGCCGGUGCUGCCGCGUGGGACCUGUCGGACCCGUCGCCCGCUCCAGCGCAACCAGCGCCACAGGGCGAUGAUACCUUCGAAUCCAGUUACCAACGCGACAUUGCCCAACCAGAACCAGUACCAACGAGCAAUAUGCCCAACCAUUCGAGCAGAAUCUCGUUUGCGCGUACCGUGUCCCACGAAGUAAGCUUCAACGAUGACGAGGAGACGGAGUGGAACCUGCAGCGAACAGAUACGGACCCGUUCAAAUUCAUGCCUCCAAAUGAUAGGACAAACUCCUUCCCUGCUGUGCCACAGAGGGAAGAUGCGACCGAGGACCAUAUAGAACAGCCGCCUCCCUCGACUCAGGCACAAGAUAUCAUCCAAGAUUUGGAAAAGGACGAUACUCAUGCCGAUUCGGUCGCACAACCCGAUUUUCACAGUACUUUUAACCAAGAUCACACCUACGCCGCCGAGGAACAAAGUCCAGCCGAGGGUUCGUUCCAACAAUACGUUGGCGGGGAUCUCGUAGGCGCCGGAGAGGAGGAAUCCGAUGCUCGGUUUGAGGAAGGCCUACCGUUGAUCCCGCAAAAUGAAGAGCAUGUCUCAGUCUCAGAAGGAUAUAGUCAACCUCAUCGCUCGAAUCCUGGAGAUGCUUUUGCGCAAGAUGAUGCCACAGAAGGAGACCACUUCUUCAACCAAGUUAGUAAAGGGGAUUCUCAACUAGAAGGAGACGGCGCUUUUGACCGGACUUUACAUAGGAAGUCUACGACUAUGGUAAUGGGCGAUGAUGUUAUAGACUCAGAGGUUCCGAGCCCGAUCGACAGUUCUGCGCUGAAAGCACCGGCGGUAUCAGACGCGCCUUCUCAGGGCACUGUCAACGGUGAUUCCGAGCCCCAGAAGAAGGAAGAAUCCAGUGCUCAACCGGGUGCCACCGAUAUUGACGCAAAGUGGGCGGCCGCUUUUGAUGAUGACGACGACGACUUUUUGGACUCGAUAAACGAAUCUAGAGAGCUUGACCCGGCAGAGAUUUUUGGAAGUGACGACGAAGGAUUUCUGGAAGACACCACGGAGGAGACGCCAGCGAUACCUGCAAUUUCUACACCCCAACUUAAUAAUAUGGCUCCCCAACCCCAUUCAGCAGGUUUAAAUGGACGUUACACUCCUGAUAACCUACAAUAUUCGGCGCAACCGGCUACGAAUCAUUACGUGCCUGCUCCGGCAGUUCCUCAAAUGCAACCACAAUAUCCUUCUUACGCUCCUUCGGCCUCAGCUCCUCCCCCAGCAAUGGGCGGAUAUGGGCAGCCUCCCCCGAAGCCUACUAUAUCUAAAGCUCAGAGUUUUGCCGAUAAGUCUAAGGGCGGGUACACUUCUCCGUACGAUCUCCCGAUGGAAGUCGUUAAACCGCCGAAGAAGCGGAUCAGCUUGCAACAGCUCCCGCGGGUAACACAGCCAUCUUCCGGCUUGGCACCGCCCAGCGGUCCUCCACGGAGCGCGAGCAUGAAUUAUCAACCACCGCCAUCAGGGGCUUCAAGCGCGAGUCUCUCACCCCCUAGCUCAAGUCACUCGAGUCAACAUCCACCUCCGCCAUCCCAAAAGGCGACUCCUCAGUUGAAGUCGAAGGGUAGUUUCUUCGAAGACUUGCCUAUGACCUCGAAACCGCGACCUGCUUCGCGGCACAGCAACCCUCUCUCUCCGCCGCAGCAAAGCCCGUACGGGCAACUUCAAGCCUCUCCUCACGGACCUCCACCUCCGUCGCAUUCUCCUCAACUGCCACCGGCUAGUAUUGCGUCAUUGGCUUCUCCGGAGCGUCCUAACCCUUAUGCAUCAUUACAGUCCCAGGCGCCUCCGAAGCCAAUUCCUCCUCCCGCAGCAAGCGCCAGGUACUCUCCAGCGCCGGCUCAACUAUCCGUGAACGGAAUACACCCCCCGCCAGCUGCCAGCCGCUAUUCUCCCGCCCCUUCUAGCGUUCGUUCGUCUAGUGGUGGAUAUACUGCUGUUCCGCCCCCGGUGCUUGCCCACCAGCCGCGAACUUCUAGUCCUCUUGCUCAUUCUCACUUUGAAGCGGCGCAUGACAAGGCGAUUCCGAGUCCCAAUGGCGAUGUGCCUUCUUUAAGUAGAAAUAGCUCGUCCCAGUAUGAACCUCGUCUUACUAGAGUGCCUUCGUUGCCACCAACACAAGAAGUUGAGGAGGAACCAUCUUUGUUGAGGUCUCCACCAACGGCACCUAAGGCUUCGUCUGAAUCGAAGUAUAACCCGGGGCAAGCUAUGCAUACUCCGCCCCCCGUUAGCACUCCUGCUUUUAGCACGGUUUCGCCUCCAAAGCGCUCGGCAUCUAGUUAUGUUCCUCUUUCGCCUCCGGUUGUGCAGCACAAGGAAGUCAACUUUGUGCCACCGCCGCGUCCGCAAACCCAGUCACCUGGAGCAGUCUAUGGUAGCCGAACUAGUGGGAAACCGGUCGAUUCUGUUCCUCGACCCUCUUCCGUGCAAGGUACAGGUCCACCUCGUGAGAUGCCCGGAGUAAACGGGGUUGCACCCGUUGUUAGAGCUCGUGGGAUGUCUCAACAUCUAAAUCUCGUCCCGCCGACCGAUGGCCGAGAAUUGGAUCCGUUGCAGAGAUGGCGAGGUGCGCCAGUAGUUACUUGGGGCGUGGGGGGAACACUGGUAACCUCGUUCCCAGCCGAUGUUCCUCGAUAUGGCAUAAGUCAGGCAUUACCAAUGAUUGUGCGUAGUCCGGGCGAAGUGAAGGUUAAGCAUAUCAAGGACAUUCAACCGUUAGAGGAGCGCCUAGCUAAAUUCCCGGGUCCUUUGAAGAGUAAAUCGAAGAAAAAGGAAAUAUUGGCAUGGCUUACUACUGGCAUCGAAGGGCUAGAGAGGAGUCUCCCAAACGUCUCAUUCCACCAGACAGUCUCACACGAGGACAAGAGAGCGAUUGAAAGAUUACUACUAUGGAAGAUUCUACGAGUGUUUGUGGAAAAUGACGGUAUUCUUGAAGGGAACCCUACAGUAGAUAAAGCUGUCAGGGAAGUCAUUACUCCUGGGCUUGAAACUAAUAACACAGAGCUCGCGUCUGCGAUCUCUACUGGGGCUGAUCUAACCGGAAUUUCUUCAGCAGUUACGAGCAUGCAGGCGGAUGCGGUUGAUUCUACGGUUACUGAGCAGAUCAGGCAGCACCUACUAUCUGGUGAUCGCGAGAAGGCUGUUUGGGCUGCGGUGGAUAAAAGACUCUGGGGCCAUGCAAUGCUUAUCUCGAACGCAAUGCAGAGCCCUGAUCUGUAUAAGAAGGUUGCUCAGGAGUUUAUCAAGAAGGAGGUGAAUCAUCCUGGCCGCGGGAACGAAUCACUCGCUGCCCUCUACGGUGUUUUGUCUGGAAACUUCGAAGAGUCGGUGGACGAACUUGUCCCGGUACAUGCGCGAGCAGGGCUUCAGCUAAUGUCAACUUCCGCUUCCAUUGGUGCGUCACAAGAUGCCUUGGCGGGAUUAGACAAGUGGCGUGAGACACUUGGUUUGAUACUAAGCAAUAGAAGCUUUGGUGACGCACAGGCUUUGAGGGCGCUUGGCAACCUCCUUUCUGGAUACGGAAGAGCAGAGGCAGCUCAUAUUUGCUAUAUAUUCGCCAGGAAUUGUGCUGUUUUUGGCGGUCUCGACGACCCUAACGUCAACUUUGUCCUUGUUGGAGCUGAUCACCGUCGCCAAGCUGACCAAUUUGCCAAAGAAACGGAGGCUUUGCAACUUAGCGAAGUAUACGAGUUCGGACUCACUCUUGCGGGAGGCUCGAAUGCUGCUCAGAGCUGCUCACACCUGGCCGCAUACAAGCUACAACAUGCUAUGACUCUCGCCGAAUACGGAUUUAGGGAUAAGGCUUUAUCAUACUGCGAAAGCAUUUAUAACGCUAUCAUUGCGCAAACGAAGAAGUCCCCAUACUACAACCCUGUUCUUGAGACGGCCCUAGAAGACCUCAUGCAGAGACUAAAGCAGGCUCCAAAGGAAGAAUCUUCUUCGUGGAUCCCCAAGCCUAGGAUGGAUCAAGUGUCUAAUAACAUGUGGAGUCGCUUCAACAAAUUUGUCGCUGGCGACGAUGAUGAUAAUGCAGGCAACGGAGCGUCAGGCGAAGCUGGUGCCGAAUCUGGGCCUUUUGCCCGCCUAGCAGGUGGAACGCCUACGAUCAGUCGUUCUCCAUCCGUCUCUAACUUCGAGGUGUAUGGAAACGGCGGGCCGUCACCUACCGCUCCAGCUACGAAGGCUGCUUCACGAUAUGCGCCAAUGACACCUCAUGAUCCUUACAACUCGGCUCCUAGAUCUUCGAUGGAAAGAACUUCAGGUGAAAUGACUCGAAGUUCCUUGGACUUACCACCAAGACGCGGAUCGGAUAUGCAAUCCGUACAUGGAAAUCCUUACGCCCCUCAAACCAAUUCCUCGCCUGCUUCUACUUAUCAACCUGCAGCACCAGCCGCUUCUCAAACCUCGCCAUAUGCGCCAACUUCCCGGGGAUCGGAUUCAGUUCCGCAGCCUACGGGAAUUGGUAUUUCGUUCCCAGGCUACGACCCAUAUGGCGCCGCGCAGGCAUCUCCAAAUGCCAACGGGUCUCAGCCACAAAGCUCACCUACUGCCGAAUCGAAACCGGAAGCUGCAGCAAAUUCCAAUUCGAACCAGGGUUACCAACCAUCUUCAUACGGAUAUGAACCGCCAUCUAUGACCACCUUUGAGACUCCUGUAAUGCAGACCGAAGGCUUUUCAGGUGGAUACGAACCACCUUCAUUCCAGCCGUCUAGCUUUGAACCGCCAUCCUACGAGCCUGGCCCUUCUAAUGAUGAUGGCGAUGAUGACGCAGAGUCGAAACCUAAGAAGAAGAGUUUCAUGGAUGAUGACGAUGAUGAUAUCCCUGGCUUAAAGCCGCAAGGGAAGAGCAAGGCGGAGAAGGACCGGGAGAAUGAGGAGAUGGUCCGAAGAGUUGCUGAGGAAGAGGCGAAACGUGCUGCUGAAGCAAAGGCAGCCAAGAAGGGCUGGGGCUUCGGAGGAUGGUUCGGCGGCGGCAAAAAGGAAUCUCUAGACCAAGCCAACAAGCCUAUUAAAGCCAAGCUUGGUGAAGCCAGCAGCUUCGUAUAUGAUCCAGACCUAAAGCGCUGGGUCAACAAGAAACCAGGAGCCGAGAACACUCCUGCUAAGGCGGCAACACCGCCGCCACCUCGAUCCGCUUCCCGUAACGGCACUCCACCUCCACCAGGUUCUACAUCUGCCCCUCCACCUCCUGGUGGAUUGAGUGUUCCCCCUGCUGGUCCUCCUCGACUCACACCUUCUCCUGCUUUAAUAAGCAAGGCUUCUACGGAAAGCCUCUUAGUUCCCGGCGCUCCGCCGAUGAUGAUGCGGUCCGUCUCGAACCAGAGCACCAGUAGCGCUCCGGGCGGACCCAUCAACGCACCGCCCAGCAGGCCGACUACGAGCCUUAGUAAUGCUAGUAGCAUAGAUGAUCUGCUCGGCGCAGCGGGUUCGGGAACUAUGCGAAGAGGCGGCAAGAAGGGAAGAAAAUCAGGUCGCUACGUCGACGUGAUGGCGAAAUAGGAUCGGAGCUGAAACUUCUUUCAACAGAGGAAGCAUGUACGAAGACGAAAAGCAUGGAUAUCAUAAAUAAUGAAGCCGGUUCGUGUUGAAGAGAAAAAAACACAGUGUAUUCAAAGAACAACGGAACGGAACGGAUUUUGAAACGGAUGGGAACGAAACCGCGCGGGCGCAUAUAUAUUGCUUCUUAAGGAAAGGAUCCGGCGCUAGAGAUACAUGAUGCGCGUGGCAUAACUUACUUGUAUUAUAUAGACUUAGCGAUUUUGUAAUAAACUGACCGGCCGCUUGGGCUGGGGAGUUGUGAGACUACGAUUAUCUAAUAUUUGUAUGCCAC